AUGCUGCGACACCUACGCAUGACUUAUAACUUCAAGUGCAGCGUUAGUGUUGGUGUGGCGAAGCGCGAGUACAUCGGGUUGUACCUCGACGGUGAUUCGUCCAUGAUCGACCACAUCAAGAACACGCGAGGUGUGCUGGACGAGCUGCAGGAGCAACACGUGAUCAUCCCGGACGAAGAGAAAGCCACAAUUUCAUGCAAUGUCUCGGUUGCGUGGAACGGCUUUGUUGGUGUUAUCGAGUCGUGCGGGUUUGAGAAAAUGAUUCAACGGUGCCAGGCUGAAGCCGUCCACCGAGAGCAGCAGAAAUACCGG